CCCACGGCGCCACGCCGAGUUCCUCGCGCAGGCCGGCGGCCCAGAGCUCCAGCCCGCGCAGUGGAGGACGGCGCCGGCGCCGACCCAGGAUGAGCAGAAGCUUUUCCCGAAAGAGCCACGCGUUCCUGCCCAAGGUCUUCCUCCACAAGAUGUCGUCCGCAGGCGCCAGGGACAAGCCCGAGCUGCAGUUCCCGUUCUUCCAGGACGAGGCCACAGUGGCCACGCUGCACGAGUGCAAGACCCUCUUCAUCCUGCGCGGGCUUCCAGGCAGCGGCAAGUCCACGCUGGCGCAGGCCCUCGUAGACAAGUACGGCGGCAGCGCAAAGAUGGUGUCUGCGGACACCUACAGGAUCACGCCCGGCCCGCGGGGGCCCUUCUCCGAGCAGUACCGGCGGCUGGACGAGGACCUGGCCACCUACUGCCGCCGAGACGUGCGUGUGCUGGUGCUGGAUGACACCAACCACGAGGCCGAGCGGCUGCAGCAGCUCUUUGACCUGGCCGAUCAGUACCAGUACCAGGUGCUGCUGGUGCAGCCCCAGACGGUGUGGCGGCUGGACUGUACUCAGCUCGCGGAGAAAAACCAGUGGCAGCUGUCGGCCGACGACCUGAGAAAGCUCAAGCCCGGCCUGGAGAAAGACUUCCUGCCGCUCUACUUCGGCUGGUUCCUGACCAAGAAGAGCUCCGAGGCCCUCCGCAAGGCUGGCCAGGUCUUCCUGGAGGAGCUGGGGAGCCACAAGGCCUUCAGGAAGGAGCUGCGGCACUUCCUCUCGGGGGAUGAGCCCCGGGAGAAGAUUGACCUGCUCACCUACUUUGGGAGGAGACCUCCAGGUGUGCUGCACUGCACGACCAAGUUCUGCAACUACGGGAAGGCGCCGGGCACUGAGGAGUACGCACAGCAGGACGUGGUGAAGAAGUCCUACGGCAAGGCCUUCACACUGACCAUCUCCGCCCUCUUCGUGACGCCCGAGACGGUGGGUGCCCGCGUGGAGCUGGGCGCGCAGGAGCUGCAGCUGUGGCCAGCUGACGUGGACAAGCUGUCCGUCUCUGACAACCUACCCCGCGGUAGCCGUGCCCACGUCACCCUGGGCUGUGCGGCCAACGUGGAGCUGAUGCAGACAGGGCUCGACCUGCUGGAGAUCGUGCAGCAGGAGAGGGGAGGCAGCCGGGGCGAGGAGGUGGGCGAGCUGUCCCGCGGCAAGCUCCUCUCCCUGGGCCGUGGGCGCUGGGUGCUGAGCCUGGCCAAGAAGGUGGAGUCCAAAGCCGUCUUCACGGGCUACUACGGGAAGGGCGAGGCGGUGCCCACACACGGCAGCCGGAAGGGGGGCGCCCUGCAGGCCUGCGCACUGCUCUGAGGGCCCCACACCCCGGGUGGGGGAAGGCCACCCCACUGUACCUGGUGUUUCCGGAUUCUUUUUUUUUUACUUAGUUAACCUACUUGCAACUUUUUAGAAACUGCAAAGUAACUGCCCGGCCCUUGCCACUGCCCUCUUCCCCUCUAACACUGGAGCACUCAACAUGCUCAGGCCCAGAGCACAGGCACCCGACCCCAGAGACUGCACGCCCUGCUGCCGCCACGCACAGCCAGGGCCUGGCCAGGGGUCCUGGGAUUUGAACCCAUUUGGCCCCUGCAGGGAACAGAAGGGGCUCCUCUCCUGCCUCAGGUCUGCGGCCCAUCCCUUCCCUUGUACCCCUUGUACUGUAACUGGUAGCAGUUUCUGAUCGAAGGAACAGCAGAACCGGAAGCAGCUGCCCGGGUCUCAGCCCAGAAAGGGGACCAGGAGGAUGGGCCCCAUCCUGGCUGUGCCUGAGUCGCCCUCCAGGUGUCCUCUCCAGGGGCUGGCGGCACUGGGCCAGCAGGGGAGGGGAACCCUGGCUGGCAAGGGUGCCGCCACCUUGCCCUGCUGGCUCUGAGCCCAGGCGCGGGCCGUGCUCCCAGGCGCCCCACCCUGCUCAGUAACAGGCCUUGCUAAUUGGCUGUCACUCCAUGACGUGUCGGGGUGUGAGUCGCUGUCCUGUCCUGCCUGCCUUGGCGACUUGUAGACUGAUAACGAAAUAAAUUAUGUUAAUCCA